CCGUUCUCUGGUGAUAUUGAAGCAAACAUGAAACACGCACCAGAGUCCCAACAGAACUAUCGCUGUGUGAGAAGUUCUCGUCGCCAUUCAGUGUGUACAAAUGCAGCAUCUGUAUAUCCAACACACCGGCGGUCAAAGUCGGACGGAUCAAUAUGUUACCACUCUCUAACUUCAAACCAACAUCCGGAGAGACGCCUAAACCGCACCGAACAAGUUGUGAGAAAUAAAUCUGAGUCACCUAAAUGCUUGUAUUAUAAGUAUUCCAGCAGAUUGCCCAAACCUGCAAAUGGAGAAAAUAAAACCCGGAUAAACUCAAGGGUCCAACAUGACAAUUCCAGAUAUGUUUUGGAACGUUGUUUGCAUUAUCAACAAAGAACUUUGAAUUUGUGGUGUAAAAAUCCGUUCGGAUCAGUGAUUUUUGAGAGAAUCAUGGCAUGUUUAACUUUAUUUGCUGUAGUUGGAUGUGUUGUGUACGACAUCAGAGUGUUCUAUAUUAUCAUGCAUACAUUGAUAAUUAUUGGACUUUUAAAGGAUACUCAAAAUAUUGGUGUUGGCUCAAAAGUAGAUGAAAUACGUUUAAACGAAAGUGUAGUGACUACAAAAGAUAGCAAGAGUGUCAUGCGCAUGUCAUAUCCGUAUUGGAGUUGGGGUUUUAAAAAGGACUUGUCUUGGUUGUGGCAAGUUAGACGUUAUGAAAUAUACCUGGAUGUUUUCCCGUCGAGCCUUAAUCUUUAUUUUCAAAAUUCUGCAAAUGGAGAUUCUUCCGAAUCAAUGAAUAUUGAAUGGUUACGGUUACAGUCAUUUUCAGCUCAUCGGGACAUGGAUGUCCGACCAAUCAGAUUGGCGAGAGCUGGGUUUUAUCAUACGGGUACUUCGGACGAGGUACGAUGUUAUUCGUGUGGCAAUCGUCGGUCUAACUGGGUGGCGGGAGAAGAUCCGAUUGAAAUCCACAGACAAAUUUCUCCCACCUGCAGACACGUGAACGGAACGGACGACACAAACAUUGCAGUACCUCGAGAUAUCAACGACGCUCGUUCUUCUUCAAAUUCGAUGCCGGCUUCACGAUCGCAGGCACGAAAUCACGAAGAGCUUCCUUUGCAAAAUCAGGUGUCGGGUAGGAGUCUUCAGAAUGGGACAUUUACUAAUAGCAAUGGCAGAUAUAGAGGAGCUGGUCUGAAUAUGGAAACACAACAAGAGAAUCCUUCUGUCGAAAAUCAAACACGUGAAAGGGAAUCAAGCCCGGCUUAUCCACCCAGGGUCAGUCACCAACUGAGACCCGCUCAGACGGAUAUUUUCACUGCAAACUCGUCAGGAUCUCGUCGUUUGACACCACAUAUAAAUAACCAUAAUGCAGUCAUUGAAAAUGGACACUCAUUUGAGCUUGAACAGGAGGAACGUGUACGCAAUGGACUGCAUGAUGCUAGUACAGCUAUCACGCCACCAGUGAACGGAAAUAGUUAUGCAGCUAGAGAUCCACCGAAUAGGUCGUCAGCUCAAAAUGGAGGCACGCAUAACGGAUCCACUUCCGCAUCAGGUUCUGUCAGCGAUUCGGUCGUGCAGAAGUUAGCGCCUUUGGGUGUAAUAUUCGACAAGCCUAAGUACCCGGCCUAUGCAGUGCUGACGGUGAGGAUAAGUUCGUUCGGGGGAUGGUCCGGCAAACAGAUACCCCGACUGAUGGCUGAGGCAGGUUUGGUGUACGCCGGAUAUGCGGAUUAUACGAGAUGCUUCUUCUGUGGAGGAGGCUUGAGAAACUGGGAGGAUGGGGACGAUCCAUGGAUUGAGCAUGCGCGGUGGUUUCCAAGGUGUGGAUAUUUACGACAGAGUAAAGGAAUUGAUUUCAUACGUCUGGUUCACGAGAGACUGGCUGCUGGUGAUCAGGUUAAUGAAAAAAGCGACGAGAAAACACCAAGCAAAAAGUGCCAAAGUCCGACAGAACAGCUGCUGUCUGACAAAGAGGUUGAAGACUUACCAGCAUUUCAGAGUGUAGUACAACAAGGCUACUCUCCAGACCAAGUCAGACAGGUUGUCCGCGACCUGUGGGACAAAGGGAAGAGUGACAUCCACAGUACAGAUAUACUUUUAGAAAUAUAUCGUAUUAACGAAGGCGAAUGUAACGGACCAACAGAUGGCGUACCAAACACCGAUAACGAUGACUCGGAAGAACUUGAAAUACGCCGACUGGAAGAGGAAAACAGACGACUGAAGAGAGAAAAGAUGUGCAGGAUAUGUGAGGAAGAAGAUGCCUCAAUAGCGUUUCUUCCAUGCGCCCAUCUCGUGUGUUGUCACAUCUGCGCCCAAGCUGUUAGGCGCUGCCCUGUGUGUGGGGCUAUCAUACAGGGCACAGUCAAAACUUGGCUCACAUGAUCAUAUUUGUUGAACUCUAGUACAUGUGCACGAGCGUGAAUUAUUCAGAGGCGACAUUGAACGAGUCAACCGAACUAUAAACAGAUUGAGACCGGAUAUAUUGUUUGUAAACGAUGAGUUAGAACCCGGACUAAAGGAUCCGCAUUAGACAGUUGUUUCAUAGACAUGUGGUCACGAAGUUCCGGCAAGGUGAAUGAUGCCUUUUGCUUGUGAAGAGGGGUAAACCAGCGGAAUUUGUACAGUUUUAUAAUCGCUUUCACCUUGUAAAAGGAACCCUCAAAUACUGGAAAUCAUAUAGUGGACAAACAAGUAAAAUUGGAAAUAGAAUAUUGUCAAAAUCACGCGACUUUCUGUCAACAUCGACACGUUGGAGGUAACAGGCGGAGUGUUAGAUUGGAGCUCUGAGGAAACUACACAAUGUCUCCAUGUCAGAGGAAUGUUUGUUUUUCGGUGUUUCAAAUCAAAUUCAAAGCUGUUGGCAACAAUGAGGCUUUAAAAUAAAUCACAUGACACUGCUCGUAAACAGUGAUUACAUCAUGUACAUGUUAUUAUGUUGCACUUAGGAAAUAUACUAGUGAGUGUGUGUGUGUGUGUUUUUAUAAAAUAAGAAUAUGUGAACUUUUGAAAGUACUUUGUAUAUUUUUGUAAACAAAUAUGACGUGCACUCCUUUUCAUGUGUUCAUAUUUGUAACAAUUAAUGAGAUGUGGCCAUUUUGUAUUACGAGUUUUAUCAUUUCAUAUUUGUUCCUGAUCACAUACGUGCAAAGUGUAAGUAAAUUUUCAACACGAAGUAUCUCAAUGUUAUGGAAUAUGUUUAUCGGGGAGAAUUAUUGAAGUUCCUUAUUUUGAAAUACAAUGUAUGUUUCCUCCGAGAGAAUUAUUGAAGUUCCUUGUUUUGAAAUACGUUUUCUCAGAGAGAGUUAUUGAUUUUUUUUAUUUUGAAAUAUGUUUUCUCGGAGAGAGUUUUUGAAGCUUCAUUCUUUUUAUUUAUGUAUUAUUUAUUUAUUUACUUAUUUCGUGUAGAGUUUGUUAUUAGAGUUCCAUGUUUAGACUUCCGAAUCCGUUGUUUUAAUUUGUUCUUAUAUACAUGUACAUGUACAUGUAUAACUAUAAAAGAUGAACGCACAUACAUUGGAUACCAUUGAUAUUAUUACUCAGGGAGAAAGUGGUAAACAAUUUACCGAAGUCAUAUCAUAUAUUAUACAUUGUGUUCACUUCAUUGUAAUAUAUUUGUACACUGUUACCCUCUAUGCUGCACUUAAAAUAAUAAACAACCAGCAACAACUGUUCUAAGUAUAAA